AUGGUUCUGCUAUGCUCAAUAGGCAGACCUGAAGUAUGCUUGUUGGUGGCGUUGGUUGCUGAAUACAGAUUUUGGCUGGAUAAGCCAUCGAAGGUAAUACCUUUGCCAGUAAAAACAACACCCGUGUUGGUACCAGUAACUACUGCAGUCGAUACUGAAUGGCGAGCUCGGUUCCAGUAUGAGAACUGGAGGGAGACGGUGAAGGUGAUUCAUCAGCGCCUCGACGCUGCUGUAUAUUGUAAGGAUUGGGCAUCGCGAGGAUGGGCUGGGACAUAUAAGGCUGAACUCGCGGCGGAUCCUCCAUCGUACAACUAUAUCGCGAUACUGACAGCCGAGACGAACACGAAAAAGGAUGGUUCAGAAGAAGAUAAGUGCAGAAACGAGGAAAGGUGGACCCUCACCGUCGGGAACAGCGAGCUCAACGUACAGAACUGCGGCGGUAACCGUAUGAUGGGGAGAAGAGAAUUCAAAAUUAGGAUUCACAUAGCUUUCAUUGUCGCCGUCGCUCGAAUGGAGAUCGAUCAAGGCAUCGACGCCGAAAGCUGGAACGCGGCGGCUACGCAGAAUGUAUUCAAUACGUCUGUCCUUGUGAAUACAUCACAGAAAAAGCUACUAACAACCCCUCCUAAUAACAUCAUUACUCAACAGUCGAAGGCCGGCAUUCGCCAACAGCAAUCUGAUCUUCCGAGGCCUCACGAGGCUCACGAUGAUCCUUCCUUGUACCCAUGCAUCUUUCAAUUUGCCUACGACUGUCUACCGAACCCUGGUUACCUCGCCAUGCAACCUGUUUAG